AUGAAAUUAAAAUGGUGCAAAUGGUAUAUUUACGGAAUUUUAUUACCUCUUUUCACUGUAAUAUUUUGUGAGUUCUUAAUCUAUUAUGUAGUGAUCGGCCAGUGCUCUUGGCCAAAUUUUAAAAACAUUAAAGAUGAAAACAACAAAAAUUUAGUUAAAGCAAUGCUUUUGGCCGAUACCCAUUUACUUGGUCCCUACAGGGGACACUGGUUUGAUAAAUUAAGGAGGGAAUGGCAAAUGCACAGAGCUUUUCAAACUGCGAUAACAUUACAUAAACCUGAAGUCGUCUUUAUUUUAGGUGAUCUCUUUGACGAGGGACAAUGGUGUAAUGAAUUUCAAUUUUUUGAGUACACAUCUAGAUUUUCACACUUGUUUGAGACUCCAAACACUACAAAAUUAUAUGUUGUACCAGGAAAUCAUGAUGUAGGAUUUCAUUAUGCUCUUAGUAGAUAUACUCUUGAUAGAUUUGAAAAUAUAUUUAAUGUCUCCAGUGUAGAAUUAUUGAAUUUAAAAGAUAAUUUUUUCAUAUUAAUUAAUAGUAUGGCAAUGGAAAAUGAUGGUUGCUCAUUUUGUUCGGAGGCAGAAAAAAAGAUUAAAAAUUUAGCAAAUAAAUUAAAUAUAUACAAGAAAAAUUCUUUUAAUGAAAAUUCAAAAUUUCCAAAUUAUAGUCGACCGAUUAUUUUACAACAUUUUCCUAUGUAUCGAGAAUCAGAUAUUUUGUGCAAUGAAAAUGAUGAAGCACCCCCUGAGUUAAAAAAUAAUAUAUUUAGAGAAAAAUGGGAUUGUUUAUCUAAAUCUGCUUCUAAUAUGAUAUUCGAUAAGUUUAAUCCCAGAUUGAUAAUUAAUGGUCAUGUUCACCAUGGAUGUCACAUUGUUCAUAAGGAAGACAUUCAUGAAUAUACUUUGUCAUCAUUCAGCUGGAGAAAUAAAAAUAAUCCUACAUUUAUGUUGGCUAAAUUUACUCCUAACAGUUUUAUAAUUGAAAAAUGUCAAUUACCAAAAGAAAAUACAGUUAUAUUAAUUUACAUUACUGCAGUUAUAUCAAAUAUUAUUUGGAUAAUUAUUAAUAAAAUUUAUUUCAAACAAUAA